GGGCGCUACAGACAGGAAGAACCGUGGCAGCCCAGUGAGAGGGGCCCUGCUCUUCAUCCUGCAGUGAGCAUGAUUGGGCUCCUGGGGCUCCUGCUGUUCCCCUUGCUCCAGGCCAACCGAGAGGUGUGUCAGUCCCCCCGUAAAACGAUCACUUUAGAGGGGGACUCCGUCAACAUCACCUGCUCCACCCGGGGGACCCUGCAUGGCAUCUACCUGAAACAAACGUGGCCAAGCAUCAGCGAUGUGAUUUACUAUGAAGAUGGGCUGGAGCCCACCGUGGACCCACGGUUCCAGGGCCGCAUUGCCUACUCAGGGCUGCAAAGCAACCUGACCAUCAGCUUGUACCACCUGCAGUUGGCCGACACCGGUGGCUACACCUGCGUGGCCAUCAUGGAUGAUGAGAUCUUUGGUCCCGGCACCUUGGUCAUGGUGACAGACCAACUGCCCCAGGCAGUGAACACAUGCCAGGAGUCUUGGCUGAUACACUUUGCCUUCCCCACGGCCCUGGCUGUGGGCUUCUUCCUCGUCGGGCUGGGACUGGGAGCAGUGUGCAUGCUGAAAAGAACACAGAUCCAGAAACUCUGCUGUGCGAAGGAUAAGAGCCCAGUGUAUGUGAUCUAUGAGGACAUGUCCCACAGCCGCUGUAACACCAUGUCCAUCCCCAACCAGUACCAGUGA